AGUGACGCUGGGUUGGCAUCACUUGAAAAGAGCAAAAAACGUCAACAUGGGCAAGAUUACUUUCUUCGAGGAGAGGAACUUCCAGGGGCGCUCCUAUGAGUGCAACAGCGACUGCACCGACAUCCACAUGCACCUGAGCCGCUGCAACUCCUGCAGGGUGGACAACGGUUGCUUUGUGGUGUUCGACCGCACCACCUUCAUGGGUAACCAGGUCUUCUUGCGCAGAGGGGAGUAUCCCGAUCUGCAGCGCAUGGGCAGCAUGAUGGGCAUGAUGGGCAUGAUGGGUAUGACCAUGAUGGACACCAUUCGCUCCUGUCGCCUGAUCCCAAUGCACAGGGGACAGUUCAGGAUGAGGAUCUAUGAAAGGGAGAACAUGGGCGGCCAGCAGCACGAGCUGAUGGACGACUGCGAGUCCCUCCAGGAUCGCUUCUUCAUGUCUGAAUGCCAGUCCUGCAACGUGAUGGAGGGCCACUGGCUGAUGUUUGAGCAGCCCAACUACAGAGGCCGCAUGGUCUACGUGAAGCCCGGGGAGUACAGGAACUUCAGAGAGUUCAGCAACAUCAUGAGAGUCAGCUCCAUUAAACGCAUCAUGGACGUGUGCUGAUUGUCAUUCAUUAUAACAAAUUGUGGGUAAAAAAAAAUAAACCAUAUUUUGAAGUA